GGUAAGCCCAAAAAGCAGAAGCUAGAAGAAACGAAAGAAAUUGUUAGCCAGCCUGAAGAUCCAUCGUCCUUCAACAAAGGGCGCGUGCAACAAAAGUUUCAACAUCCAGAGCUGAUGGUUAUAGAGGAGGGAGAUGAAGUUCCAGAAGAAAAUGAACCUCUUUUAGGGUCAUUUAGUAUGGGCCUUUUUUCGAGGAUCAAGUGGAUAUUUUCCAGCUAUUGUCAUUCUUGGCAGCAUGGUAAACCUUACUACCUCUGAUCCUGACCAAGCAUUUGUCUUUUGGUUCUCAGACUGGAAGGUGUCAGCAGUUGACAGAAACCGAAUGCUGCCUUUUGUCAAGUACUUCAAAACUAAAGCUGCCCUAUGUCGAGGAAAACAGAACCGUCGUGGCAUUUUGCAGAUAAUUCAGGAAUGCCAGAGACGAGCAAUGCUAAAAGGCUUUGAGAUUGUAAAGAUGGAUCCACUUCAGUGGGCUUUUUCAGGCUUCCCAACAGUGGAGGAUUCUAAACCAGACAUUUUCAGCCCAGUUCCUGACAAAAUCUUCUCAGACGCCAUAUCCGAUCGUUUAGCAGCCAUUGGAGAGGAUAUUCGCAAGAAGGCAGCUCUUAAAGAUAGAGACAUACCAAACGAGUUUCAGAAAGAAAGUUCACUAGAGGCUGUUUGGAGAGGUGACACAGCUAUUGAAGAUGUGUGCAUUGGUUGUUGUGAUGCUGGUCGCAAAGUCUGUUGUGAGCAUCCACUUUUUGAGGGAGGACUCUGUACAAAAUGCAAGGAAGUCUUACAGGAGACAUUCUAUGCCAUUGGUGAUGAUGGUGGCUAUGCAAACUGCACAGUGUGUGGUGCUUCUGGGAAACUUUUGUCUGUGAUGUCAAGGACUGUGGACGAGUGUACUGCAUUCCAUGUGUGGAUGAAAUUGGAGGCUCUUCUGUGCUUGAACAAGUUCAGAAGGCAAGUACAUGGGAGUGCUUUUUGUGCUGUCCCCAUUCUAAAGACUCUCAUGGGCUUUUCAAGGCUCGUCUAAACUGGAAGGAGAAAAUAGUUGUCUUUUUUGACACAGGAUGCACUGUGCAUGUUCCAGAUUUGGAGUAUCUGAAAAAACGCAGACCACUUCGUGUUUUGAGCCUUUUUGAUGGCUUGGGGACUGGUAAAGUGGCUUUGGACUCUGUGGGACUUCAUAUUGAUGCCUACUUUGCAAGUGAGACAGAUGAAGGAGCAAUGUUGAUUUCGCAAGCCAAUCAUGGACAGACGAUCUGUCAGCUGGGGGAUGUGACCAAAAUUACAAGAUCAGUGCUAAAGGAAAUUGCUCCAAUAGAUCUCCUGAUUGGUGGAUCACCUUGCAAUGAGUUGUCAAUGGCCAAUCCUGCACGAAGGGGGUUUGACAUUG